GGGACGGCGGCUGCCCUCGGAGUCCCGGAGCCGCGCUCGGGUCGUGGACCGACGGUGCAGCCGGCGGCAGAACCCUGAGGCGCCGAGCUCCGCGGCUCGGCAGACUGGGAGCGGCAGAGAGCCGUCGAUACAGUCUAGGGAGUGAGAAUAUGGAGGCUCCCGUGGAUGAGUUUGAACACACUCCACAGGAGGAGGAUGGCUUAGAGUUCAAGGAAGAGGAACAAUUAACCCCAGGUCACGAAGUAGGAAAUGCUUCUCUCAAACCUGAAGGCAUUCAGAGCUGGGAUGACUUAUGGGUCCACAGAGAGGGGCUUGGGAAGCGUCAGCCUCGAGACCCAGUCCCCAGGGUCCUGGGAGAACCCCGCUGGGGACAGGCUAGUAAUGACCGAGCUGCAGUGUGUGGUGAGUGUGGCAAGAGCUUCCGACAGAUGUCAGAUUUGGUGAAACACCAGAGAACUCACACGGGGGAGAAGCCCUACAAAUGUGGGGUCUGUGGCAAGGGCUUUGGGGAUAGCUCAGCCCGAAUCAAACACCAACGAACUCACACCGGUGAGAAGCCCUUCAGAGUCCGGCCCCCAGCCUCGGGUCCUCCCAAGAUGCCUCGGUCUCGGAUUCCUGCUGGUGAGCGCCCCACUAUCUGUGGUGAAUGUGGAAAAAGCUUCCGGCAGAGUUCUGACCUGGUCAAACACCAGCGGACACACACGGGAGAGAAACCCUACAAGUGUGGCAUCUGUGGCAAGGGCUUUGGGGACAGCUCUGCCCGAAUAAAGCACCAGCGGACACACAGGGGGGAGCAGCUCCCCCGGCCAGUGGUUCCGCGGCGGCAACUGUCUCAGGCAACUCCAACGGCUACACAGAGACCCAAGGCCCAGGACAAGCCCUUUAGCUGUUCUGACUGUGGGAAAAGGUUUGUGUUAAGCUGCAGCCUCCUGAGCCACCAGCGUAGUCACCUAGGACCCAAACCCUUCGCUUGUGAUGUGUGUGGAAAGGAGUUUGCCCGGGGCUCUGACCUGGUGAAGCACCUGCGGGUACACACCGGUGAGAAGCCCUACCUGUGCCCUGAGUGUGGCAAGGGCUUUGCCGACAGCUCUGCGCGGGUGAAGCACCUGCGCACCCACAGUGGCCAGAGACCUCAUGCCUGCCCAGAGUGUAACCGUACCUUCAGCCUCAGCUCGACCCUUCUUCGUCACCGCCUCACCCACGUGGAGCCCCAGGACUUUAGUUUCUCUGCCUAUCCUGUAGCCCCCCUCAUCCCCAGCCCACCUCCACCUCCUCUUGGCACGAGCCCCUCACUGACACCUCGAAGCCCCUCACAUUCCAGUGAUGGGCCCUUUGGCCUGCCUGGCUUGGAACCAGAGCCUGGGGGCCCACAGGCCGGAGAGCCACCCCCACCACUGGCUGGUGACAAGCCCCACAAGUGUCCUGAGUGUGGCAAAGGCUUCCGCCGAAGCUCCGAUCUGGUGAAACACCAUCGUGUUCAUACAGGGGAGAAACCCUACCUCUGUCCUGAGUGUGGCAAGGGUUUUGCUGACAGUUCUGCCCGAGUCAAGCACCUCCGCACGCACCAGGGCGAGCGUACCAGGCCGCCACCACCAUUCACCCUCCUGCAGCCACAUAACCCACCUGGGCCUGUACCCAUAGUCCCUCAGUCUCGAGUGCGGGCCCAGCCCUCUGGACCCAGCCAGCUUCAUGUGUGUGGCUUCUGUGGGAAAGAGUUCCCCCGGAGCUCAGAUCUAAUCAAGCACAGGCGCACACAUACCGGGGAGAAGCCGUACAAGUGCGCAGAGUGUGGCAAGGGCUUCAGUGACAGCUCUGCUCGAAUCAAGCACCAGCGUGGGCAUCUGGUCCUGAGGCCCUUUGGGAUAGCGGAUGUCCGGUCAAGGCCCCUCCUCCAGGAGGGGUCACCAACUGGAAUGAAGUGAUGGGGAAUCCAGGGAGGGUAGAGGCCCAGGGUACCAGAGGGAGGGUAUCUGCUGUUGAAGAAAAGCCUGGGAAAUGGUGGGAGGGAUGAGGAGGAUGAGAAUAGAUAGGAACAGACUGAAGACCAUAAUGUUCACGCUCAGGAAACUCGUGGCUAGGUGUCGGGAGCCUUGCCAGCUUCUCGUGCACUGCCUAGAGUAAGCACUUCAUACUCGCAAAAAUCAGUAGCUGGAGUCUCUAAAAAUCUUGCUGCCUCUUGUUGAGCACGUACCUCUCUGCUGGGCGCAGUGGUGUACAACCUUUAAUUCCAGCACUCAGGAGGCAAAAGUAGGCAGAUCUUGAAUUCAUGGCCAGACUGCUCUACAUCAAGAGUUCUAGGUCAGCCAGGACUAGGACUACAUGGUAAAACAAAACAAAAGACAACAACAACAACAAAAAAAAAACCUUAGGCGGGAAGAACAGGCAGGGACAUCUUGACCACCUGAGGGGGAAUUAUUGCUGUGGCGUAGGUAGUUUCUACCUCUACCUGUGGAUCCUUGGGCGUAGUUUUAUCCAGGGAGGACUCUGGGAAAAAGCUUAAGUCUAUGCUUUGAGGGCCCUUGCUGCCCUGACGCUGGGACACUGGUGAAGUAGAGCAGAGCUACCAGGAACGUUCAGCGCUUCCAGUCUGGAUGCAAAGCCUAGGUCAUGGACAUCUGCAGAGACCAACUUGCUGAAUGAGGGCAGGGCCAGUGCAGGCCAGAGAAACAAGUUUCCACAGCCACGUGUCUGUCUGUCUCCUUACUAAUAAACUGUCCCUUGUCUGA